AUGCUGCAUCGAUUUCUGCGAUCGACCAGGGCAACAGGACCCUUGAGCAAGUCUUCCAUCGCACUACCUCGUCUUCGGUUUCUAUCAACAAUGCCUUCGCCACCGAAGCUCGAACAUAUCGCGAUCGAUAUAGAUAGCCAAGCCAUUGCUGUCAUCAAGUAUAAUCGACCGAAGGCUGCCAAUGCUCUCAACACACCGAUACUGAGAGACAUGCUGGCUGCGUUGAGAUGGGCAGACUCCGUGGACGCGAUACGGAUCAUUAUUACGACCGGAGAAGGAAAAUUCUAUACUGCUGGGUUAGAUUUGCUCGAUCCUGUCAACCAACAGCCGGGUGCCACUAUCUCCGAUGACUUCAUCAAUACCCUGAGUGCAAUACAUGAGCAGAUUAUCAACACGAACAAAGUGGUCAUCAGUGCUGUCAAUGGACCAGCUCCAGGAUGGGGUACAAGCUCUCUCGCUUUGAGUGACAUGGUCUACGCUGCUCCAGACGCCCUCUUCUUUACACCAUUCGUACAGUGGGGCCUCUGCGCUGAAGGCUGUUCGUCGCUCACAUUCAUGCGGAUCAUGGGACGACAGAAAGCGUCGGCAUUGAUCCUGGGAGGCCAACGCAUGACAGCUCAAGAGCUGGAAUCUGCCGGCCUGGUGACAAAGAUUCUUCCCAAGGAGAACUUCUUGGGCGAAGUGUUGAACAUCGCUCAAGGAAUUGCGAAGCUACCGCCAAACAGCCUCAAAACGAACAAGGAACUCAUGAUGAGGACUUUGAGGCAGGAGUUGUUGGAUGCGAAUCGGAUCGAGUUGGAGCUGUUGAAGAAGCAGACUCGUGGCAAGGAGAGUCUCGAUGCUAUUGCUGGGUUUGCGGCCGAGACUGAGAAGAGGAGGAAAGAGAAGGCUGCGAAGCUGUAG